UGUACGGAAGGGAAUGUUGCCGAGUGUCAAUUGAAACAGCAGGGCUGAGUAAGAUUUACCCAAAAGACUCUAGUGUGGGAGCGGGAUUGAAUCCUCCCGAACGACCUAGUGCAACAUCAGGAACUACUGCGGGACUGCUGCAAAGUACUCCGCAAAGUACACACUAAUCGCGAGCUGGUGAGUGGCAGCCGUUGAGGAAGAGUGGGUGGAGGACGGGACCGGGGUAGGGGGUGGGCAAGGGUUGGGGCCCCCAUCGAUCGUUUUGAUCGCCAUCAUCAUCAUCCCCACCGCCACCUCCACCUCUACCUCCACCUCCCUUCCAUUCUUCCUUCGCUGUCGAUACUGCGUGUCUCAGCAGCUCUUUACUCCUCCGCGAGGAUCCAGACUCUCGGCACCAUGGACGCCCUGAACGCGAACCUGGAGAGCAUCACCCAAUACCAGAACUGGCGGGCCACUGUUUGGAUCCUGCUGCUCACCAGCAUCACCUAUGUCGUCGCCCGGCUUGCAUGGCGACCGUCUUUCCCCAAGAAUGCGCCGAAGCUGCUGAAGGAAGGGUAUCCCAUCGUCGGCGCCCUACGCUUCUUCUCCGAUCGCCGCAACUUUGCCCGCCAUGGAACAUCCGCGACCAAGACGGGUAACUUUAGCUUCUACUUUGGCAAGUACCAGAUCGUUGGCCUCUCGGGCCUGAACGGGCGCAAGACCUUCUUUGACAACAAGGACAUGAGCAUGGCAGAAGGCUAUGCCGUCCUCUUCACCACGACGCCGAGCAUACCCGAAGAUGCCAAAACUGCUGGCCAGCUGAGCUUCGACAAGUGGUUCAGCAGGACCAUCAUGGCGAUGCUGAAGAAGGAGAACUUCGUCAAGAACCUCCCCAUCUUGGUCGGCGACACGAGGUCGGCGUUGGAGCGGGCAGUUGCCCGCGGGGGCGAGGGCUCGACAUCGGGCCUCAUCGACCCCUUCGACGACCUCUACAAGAUCGUGUACCUGCUGACGAUGCGUACCGUCGGCGCAAACGAGAUCGCCCGGUCCCCCGAGCUCCUGGAGAAGACGCUGGGCCUGUUCGAGACAAUCGAGCGGUGCAGCUCGCCCACCCGCAUCAUCUUCCCCUGGCUGAUGACGCCGGCGCACUUGCGCAAGAUGUAUGCCGGCGGCAAGCUGUACAUGAUAUUCUCGAAGCUGGUCGAGGCCCGCAAGCAGGAGGGUCGGAGGGAGGACGAUGCGCUGCAGUUCCUCAUCGACAGCGGGGCUGAUAUGAUCCGUAUUCUCUCCUUCGUCCUCGGCGCGCUCUUCGCCGGUCAGCUCAACAGCGGCAUCAACGCCGGGUGGAUGUUCUCGUACCUCGCCACCACCCCCUACUGGUAUAAACAAGUGCAGGCCGAAGUCGACGCCGCGGUCGAGAAGCACCGCAAGAGCCCUGAUCAGCAUGCCCUCGAUGUCCUCUCGUCGCUGCCCAUCGAGAGCUGGGAAAGUGACUUCCCGUUGAUCGACCUGUGCCUGCGCGAGUGCAUCCGGUUCCAGCUCGUCGGCACGGCGUUCCGCAAGAAUGUCAGCGGCAAGGACAUUCCUAUCGGCAACGAUGGAGAAGUCGUUCCCAAGGAUGCCUUUGCUAUCUACCUCCUCGAUGACAUCCAUUUCAACCCCGAGAUUUACACAGAGCCCAACAAGUGGGACCCGGGCCGUUACCUCCCCGACCGAGCCGAGGACAAGAAGGAGCCACUCUCGUAUAUAGGGUGGGGUGUUGGUCGCCAUCCAUGCUUAGGAAUGAGAUUCGCGAAGCUCGAGAUGAGCAUCAUCGUGGCCACCUUCACCGCCAUGUUCGACUACACACUGGCAGAUCCUAAAGGCAACCCAAUCACAAGCACCCCCACAGUAGACCGGGACCGACACGCAGCACACAAACCAGCCUCGCCUGUACGACUCAAAUAUCAGCUUCGAAAACAGCCCGCAUAAUUUUCGCCCAAGUCCGCUAGAAGGGGGCAGAAGAAGUACGGCGGGCAGCAAUCUAGGUUUCGGGUGCGGGCCACAGGAGCUGAACGUUCAAUAUGCUAAUAUAUAUAUGGCCAUUGAAUAGCCCUAGCCUUGGAAUGGGCUUCAUGAGAGCGGAUAGCGAUUGGUAUUUACUUUUUGGCGCACCUUUUGGCCUACCUUUUUGGCUUCGCCUUUAGGAUGACCUCAAUUGACAUGUAUGAUUAGCACGAAUUUGGAAGAGUAGGUUGCCUAUGCCUUAUCAUCUGUAUCUUGAAGAAAGUGGGGUUAAGGGGGGGGGGUAGGGCAGUGCAUAUUUAAUCUACUGUUUACUCUACA